AGGCGGGGCGCUGCGGAGGAGGGGCUUCGUCGUCUAAGGGCCGUCGCCGCUGAGCUCUACCUGCCUGCGAGAAUGGCGGGUAGGGGGAAGCUAAUUGCGGUGAUCGGAGACGAAGACACCGUGACUGGCUUCCUGCUGGGCGGCAUAGGGGAGCUUAACAAGAACCGCCACCCUAAUUUCCUGGUGGUGGAGAAGGAUACAACCAUCAAUGAGAUCGAAGACACUUUCCGGCAAUUUCUAAACCGGGAUGACAUCGGCAUUAUCCUCAUCAACCAAUACAUCGCAGAGAUGGUGCGGCAUGCGCUCGACGCCCACCAGCGCUCCAUUCCAGCCGUUCUGGAGAUUCCGUCCAAGGAGCACCCCUAUGAUGCCACCAAGGACUCCAUCCUGCGCAGGGCCAGGGGCAUGUUCACGGCCGAGGACCUGCGCUAGAGCCCUCCCCACAGCCACGCAGCCUUUCCCCAGGCUUGCCUUCAGCCCGACUCUGAUUUCCCAGCCCCUGUCCCUUCCCAACCCACUGAGAGGCUAGAUGAGGUGCUUCCAGAUUGCUGGGGCUCUGCCAUUAAAGUCAAGGCUGGUUAGGGAACAGGAAGCCUGAGUGUCUUCUCUCCACUACCUCUUCCCUGUGCUGUUACACGGUGUCUCUGUUGAUGUUAAAUUAAAGCAACAUUCCCGUUUCUCUCCAAA